GUUACGGCUGGUCCCGGGGGUGUCCGCCCGCGUUUGGGAAGCCCCUUAGGGCGGGCGCUCCGCGAAGCGCCGCCGGCCCAGGAAUUAUGUCCCGGCCGCCGCCCCGUCCGUAUCCAUGGCAACGGCCGAGCGCGGCCCCCUCGCAGCAGCGCGGCCCCGCCAUGGCGGCCGCCGGCAGCCCCAGCGUCUUCCUACUGGCGGUGAACGGGCAGAUCGAGAGCGGGCAGUUCCCUGGAUAUGACGACCUCUACUGCAAGUUCUGCUUCGUCUACGGCCAGGACUGGGUCCCCACAGCGGGCCUGGAGGAGGGAAUCUCGCAGAUCACCUCCACGAGCGACGUCUCGCCCACCACACUCGUCUGGAACUUCCCCAUCGACAUCACCUUCAAGAGCACCAACCCCUCGGGCUGGCCGCAGAUCGUGGUGAGCGUCUACGGACCGGACUUCUUCGGGAAUGAUGUGGUCAGAGGUUAUGGAGCUGUUCACGUUCCCUUCACACCCGGCAGGCACACAAGAACCAUUGCCAUGUUUGUUCCAGAGUCCACAUCUAGGCUGCAGAAGUUUACAAGUUGGUUCACAGGGAGACGUCCAGAAUUCACUGACCCCAGAGUGGUGGCCAAGGGAGAAGGAAGAGAAGUAACGAGGGUGCGGUCUCAAGGCUUUGUGACCAUUUCCUUCAACGUGGUGACCAAAGACAUGAAGAAGUUGGGCUACGACGUGAGCCCGAGUGACAUGCAGAACCCUUCCCUGGUGCCCACAGAAGGGAUCCCCAAGUAUUGAACUCAGAACUGAGAUGUCCGAGGCCUCACAGAGAAGUUGAGCACUUAGGGGCUUUUUGUGGCAAAUGGAAAUGACUAUGUUGACUAAACUGAGCAAGUUUCACUUGAGAGCAUUAUUCCAAAAGAAACACAAGCCCACGCGGCUUUGGAAUAAUUACCUAAGCAUAAUGCUUUCAGAAAGCAUACAGGUUGAAGUAUUAUGUUAAUUAAUAUCAUCAGAUAAGGUUUAGCAUUUUUAUGAGCAAUAUCAGACUAUCUCAAAAUAAGAUCUGUAACAAAAUAUUUUUUAUAACAGCCUUUUGUAUACGAUUUAUAUGCUUAAAGAAUAGGAAAGUUUGAGGUUGUAGCUGUUUCCCUAUGCUUAAAACGCCAUUGCAAACUGAGUUAUUUUUACUGAAGUUGUUUGGGUUGUUUUGUUUUGGUUUUUUUUUUUUGUUAGAAAUAGGAAAUUGAAAUGAUCACACCUUCCAAAAAGAAGCGAAUAGGAAACGUUGUAGGGAGAUGCACGCGCCCUUCUCUGUGCCGUGUGCUUCCCUCUGCAAAAGCAACAGCAGGGUUUUUUAUAUCCCCACAUAGUCCUUUAGAGUUUGUGCAACUCAUUAAAAUAGCUCAGGCGCUGUAAAAACAAAUCCUUCCACUUUUGCUGGGGUUUUUUUUCAGUGAAGCAACCUGGGCUUUUGCAUUUAGAACAAGAUGAUGACUUUUCCAUUUCCAGAUUUUCUGCAUCAAGCUUCAGGAAGACCAAAAAAAAAUAAAUUGGUGGAACAAAUAGCAUUUAAUUGCAGAUCUUGACUAAAAAUAAACUUUCUGCAAAGAAAGUAGUUUCAGUAAGGCAGCAUUUAGCUCCAAAUCAGGUAGGAGAGGGACUGAGCUGCACAGGAGAGCAGGGAGGGGCAGAAAGGACCUUCUCCCUCCUUAGUUGGUCCUUCCAGCCAACACACGACACAGAUAAUGGAUAACGCACUGUGACUUUCCUGAGCUGGUUCUCUUAUCAAAAGAAAAGCAGUAAGAAAGCAGCACAGUGAUGUUCUGCUGCGUUCUGAUUCGUUUGCACCAGAGCAGAUGUUUCUAAGUCCUAAAUCAUCCCAGAUCUGAGAUUCUCACAGGUACAAAAGAAGCGUAUGCUACAAUGAAAUGACUAAUUGCUUAGUCACUGUCAUAUUUAAAUUUGGGCAUGUCAUCUCUUGUGUUCAACUGCAAAUUCCAAGAGAUGACUCUGAGAAUGACUUAGUGUGAAACCACCCUGUAAGUGACCUUGGAACUGUAGAAAUACAAGUAAUAACACAGCGUGAGGAGCUGUGGAGCCUCCAAGACUUUUAUCGAAUAAAGUCAGAGACAGUUGUUAUUUCAUGCUGAGUAGUGUGAUUGAAUAAAUAUAAUUUCUGAAAGGA